GGGUGUUAAUCAAGCAAGUAUACUACUUAAGGUCAAGUCAAGUAGUCAACCUCUUGUUCGCCAUGUUGUAAAUUCAUCAAUGCUCCUAAUAUUUAUCAAUAGAGCUCUAAUAAAGCUAUCUGAAGUUUCGUUCAAUCUACUCACAAGCCUAUAUUCAUUUCACAUAUUUAGCAUCAUAUAUUGCGCGUGUUACCUGAUUUAAGUUGACAAGUUACAAAAGGGAUAAUAAUAAUAAUACAAAUUAAAAAGUAAAAACAUUCUUAUCUCAUAAAAAAAUUUGUUUCUCUCUCUCUAAUCUUACAUGACAGACAACGAACAAUAACUAAAAACAAUGUAGUCCAUUUACACCCCCUUUUUUCCCGCUAUUCCACUCCUUCUUUUCAAACCUUUCCUCGUCCUCUCCUUUCUCUCUUACCUUUCUUUCUCAUUUCCACCCUCUCUCUCUCUCUUCCUAAUUCUCCCAUCUUCCUCCAUUUCCACAAAAUUCAUCCUUUUAAUAAUUAUUAUUAUUUUCAUUUUUACUUUUAAUUCUUAAUUAUUUUUUAAUUUUAUUUUUCUGUGAUCAAGUUAAUCAACCAGUUAGCAAAAGUCAAAGAAUUCCCGCCAUUAAUGGACGACGAAGACCGCGACGUGUUAUUAUCUCUCCCAAACAAUGGCGGCCCCUCCAACCGGAAAGCCCAUUCUCUCAGCUCCCAACACCGCCAUGGAACCACCGCUGCCACCGCCGGCGCCACCGCAACCGCCGCCGCCAACGACACCUCCUCAAAGCGGGCGAACCAGCUCCGAAACCAUUCCCUUGACGAAGCACGAAUCUCCAAUGCAAUGUCAAACCACCACCACCACCAACGCCACCUUGGUGGGCCGUUCUACAACGACUCCGACGACGAUGGUGACUUCUUCCCUUACGCUUCCAUCUCGUGUCCCGGUUCGAACCCGCGGUAUGAUCACUCCUUCUCGCUCCCUUCUACCACCAUGUCAUCCUCCUGUUCAAACAACACUGAUGAAGAUGAUCAGCCCUCCGCAAUGGCGGAGUUCACGGCCAGUGGUGGAACCGGGAUUUUUAAGGCUCCGACGAGGUCUGCUGUGCACCCGACACGGCCCCCAGCAUUGGAGCUCCGGCCUCACCCCUUGAGGGAGACUCAGGUGGGGAGAUUCUUGCGUACCAUAGGAUGUACGGAGAGUCAGCUGUGGGCAGGGCAGGAGAAUGGGGUGAGAUUCUGGUACUUUCGGGAUGCUUACGAGGCCGGUACCGGUUUUGGCGGGAAAAGUAAAAGAGGGGAUGAGGAUACGUCGCCGUUUUAUGAGUCGGCUGUGACUUCGCCUACAAUGUGUAUGGUGGUUGAUCAUGGGAAUAGGCUUGUUUGGACUGGACACAAGGAUGGUAAAAUUCGGUCCUGGAAGAUGGAUCCGAUUGAGAAUGGUUCUGAUGAUUCGUCGUCGCCACCGUUUCGUGAAGGUCUUGCUUGGCAGGCUCAUAAGGGACCUGUUCUUGCCAUGAUCAUGUCUUGCUAUGGCGACCUAUGGUCUGGUGGAGAAGGUGGUGUGAUCAAAGUUUGGCCAUGGGACUCGAUAGAGAAAUCGCUGUCUCUAUCAGCAGAGGAAAAGCACAUGGCUGCCUUGCUGGUUGAGAGGGCGAAUGUGGACUUGAGGAGCCAAGUUACUGUGAAUGGUGUAUGCAACAUCUCUUCUUCAGAUAUUAAGGCUAUGCUGUCUGAUCAUGCUAGAGGAAGGGUGUGGUGUGCCACUUCUCUAUCAUUCUCAUUAUGGGAUGCUCGUACCAAGGAACUUAUUAAAGUGUUUAAUAUUGAUGGCCAAGUUGAAAAUCGAGCUGAGAUGCCAGUGCCACAGGAUCAACCACAGGUAGAGGAUGAGAUGAAAGUGAAGUUUGUUUCUCAGUCAAAGAAAGAAAAGCCUCAAGGGUUUUUGCAGAGAUCACGUAAUGCUUUAAUGGGUGCAGCAGAUGCUGUACGCCGAGUUGCUACAAGAGGUACAGGGGCAUUUAAUGAAGAUAACAAGAAGACUGAGGCACUAGUGUUAACUACUGAUGGAACGAUUUGGAGUGGAGGUUCACAUGGCUUAAUUUUGCAAUGGGAUUCAAAUGGAAACCGUGUCCAAGAUUUUAAUCAUCAUCCUUCUGCUGUUCUAUGCUUUUGCACCCAUGGUCCAAGGAUAUGGGUAGGAUAUGCUAGUGGUGUAGUUCAGCUGUUGGACCUUGAAGGAAAUCUUUUAGCAGGGUGGGUUGCUCAUAGCAGUCCGGUUAUAAAGAUGGCAAUAGGUGGAGGUUACGUCUUCAGCAUGGCUAUUCAUGGUGGUAUACGUGGAUGGCACCUUAUGUCCCCUGGGCCAAUCGACAAUAUAAUACGUUCUGCAUUGUCUUCAAAAGAGUUGACAUACACGAGAGGAGAAAGUAUAAAGAUGUUAGUUGGAUCAUGGAAUGUUGGUCAAGGGAAAGCCAACCCUGAAGCACUCAGAACAUGGCUAGGUUCUGUAGUAUCAGAUGUUGGAAUUGUUGUGGUUGGGUUGCAAGAAGUGGAAAUGGGAGCUGGCUUUCUUGCCAUGUCUGCAGCAAAAGAAACUGUAGGACUAGAAGGGAGUGCCAUUGGGCAGCAUUGGCAAGAAGCUAUUGGUAAGGUCUUAGAUGAAGGAAUCGCUUUUGAGCGUGUAGGUUCACGACAGCUUGCUGGUUUGCUCAUAGCUAUCUGGGUAAGAAAGAAUUUGAGGAUGCAUGCUGGAGACCUUGAUGUUGCAGCAGUUGCUUGUGGUUUUGGCCGAACAAUUGGUAACAAGGGAGGAGUUGGAUUAAGGUUGAGAAUCCAUGAUAGAAUAAUAUGUUUCGUGAACUGUCACUUAGCUGCGCAUUUGGAAGCAGUGAAUCGUCGUAAUGCAGAUUUUGACCAUAUCUUCCGAUCAAUGGUCUUUUCUCGGCAAUCUCACUUGCUUAACGUUGCUGCUGGUAUGCGAUGUCUGCUUUUGUAUUGCCUUCUUGCCUUAUGCAUAUAUUUAUUUUGGCUACUUUAUCGUUCUGGCUUCCCAUUGCUCCUCUGUCUUGCAGCUGGAGCUUCUUCUGCAUCUCAAGUGCUUCGAACUGCUAAUGGUGCUAAUGGGAAUUCUGAAGAGGCGAGGACUGAUUUAUCCGAAGCAGACAUGGUUGUGUUUCUCGGUGAUUUUAAUUAUAGGCUCUUUGGAAUAUCAUACGACGAAGCAAGAGAUUUUGUUUCCCAAAGAAGUUUCGAUUGGCUAAGAGAAAAGGAUCAGCUUCGAGCUGAAAUGAAAGCUGGUAAAGUUUUCCAAGGAAUGCGUGAGGCCAUGAUUAAAUUUCCUCCAACUUACAAAUUUGAAAGGAAUGUACCUGGGUUAGGAGGCUAUGAUUCUGGUGAGAAGAAGCGUAUUCCUGCUUGGUGUGACAGAGUAAUAUACCGUGAUUGUCGUAAUGGUCCUGUAUCAGAGUGCAAUUUGAACUGCCCAAUACUUGCCUCAAUUCAAAUGUAUGAAGCCUGCAUGGAUGUUAAUGACAGUGAUCAUAAACCUGUCCGAUGUAAAUUCAGUGUUCGUCUAGCAAGAGUAGAAAGAUCAGUUAGAAGGAACGAGUUUGGUGAGGUUAUGAAUACCAGUGACGAAGUUAAGACACUGCUAAAAGAAUAUUCUGAGAUACCUGAAACAAUAGUUAGCACAGGUAGCAUAACUCUUCAAAACCAGGAAAGUUCUGUCCUCCAGAUUACUAACAAGAGCAAAGACGAAAAGGUAGUGUUUGAUAUCCAAUGCGAGGGUCAAUGCACUAUCAAUGUCACUGGGGAACCCACUGAACUUCGUCCAAGAGCUUCCUUUGGCUUUCCUUCUUGGCUUGAGAUCACGCCUGCAUGUGGUUUGAUUUACCCGGAGCAAAGCAUGGAUGUCACAGUGCGACAUACAGAGUUCCACACAUUGGGAGAUUUAGUUGAAGGUGUUCCUCAAAACUGGUGGUCUGAAGACACCAGAGAUAAGGAAGCCGUUUUGACAGUUAAAGUUCGAUGCAGUAGCUUAAUGGAGUUUAGAACACACAGGAUCCGUGUACGCCAUUGCUACUCAGCAAGGACAGUUCGAUUUGACUCAAGAACAAACAGCUCUUCUAGGAGGGGAAAUAACAGUUACCACUACCGAACAGAGAGCCAACGUCGUGAUAAUAACCCUGACAUGGUUGAUCGUGGUUGAUGUCAAGGGGAGUCCUAAAAGAAGUCCCUCGUAAUUAAAGAACUAGAUUUUCCGGAAGCCUUCUUUUAUCCACUGGGGUGGAAUUGGAAAUGUGUUUGCAAUUCUUACUUAGAAUGACCUAACAUCUGACUGUAAAUACAUGGAACCAGUCGCGGUACCUUCACUUGGAAGAGCUUCAAUCCUCAUGCAUCGGUUGUAGGAUUCAUAUCUUCAUCUAUUCAUUUGAUUCUUUAUUCUUUAUUUAGCCGCAGGAGUUUCUUUUUUUCAUUUAUCAUGAAAACACUGUAAUGUUAAAAAUCUAAUGGUUUCGGUGUAAAGAAGUGUAGUAAACAAAAUAUGUAGGUGGUAAAAUGUUGCACUUAAUUAACCAUGAAAGGCUGAAAUAGUAAAAGUUCAUUAUUGCUUCCUCCAGUUGUGCAUUUUGUUGCACUCUGGUGUUGUUUACUAGUACUAGCCAAUUAGAUUUGACCAAU